UUAUUUCGUUUAACUCCUCGAUUCUGUGAGUGAGGGAACCAGUGACGGACCGUUCCCGUUCCCCCUUUUCUCUCUAUCAUCUUUCCACAUUCACAAACACUCUCCCUUCCAUUCCUUUUGCAAUUUUUUAAUGAUUCAGAUCCAAGUCUGAUUAGCUGAAAGCCCUAAUUCCUACAUUCAUCGUUCCAGUGCAGGAUUGAGAACUAGCUACUGGUUUUCUGGAAGGCAGGAUGUUCGGCUCUACUAGUGCUUUUGGGCAGUCAUCAAGUAGCCCUUUUGCAUCUCAAUCAGUCUUUGGUCAAACAAGUAAUGCAAACAGUAAUCCUUUUGCUCCCAGACCCUUUGGUAGUACAACUCCUUUUGGUUCGCAAACAGGGGGUUCUAUAUUUGGCGGGACUUCAACUGGCAUGUUUGGUACACCCCAAACUUCCUCACCUUUCUCUUCUACACCAGCUUUUGGUUCUUCAUCUUCAGCAGCUUUUGGUGGCACCAUGUCCUCAUUUGGAGCUUCUUCAACUUCUACUUUUGGCAGUUCCUCACCUUCAUUUGGUGGAUCUUCUCUAUUCGGCCAAAAGCCCUCUUUUGGAGGAUUUAGUUCCACUACCCAAACGAGUCCAUUUGGGAGUACAAAUCAGCAGUCACAGCCUGCAUUUGGGAGUGGCCUAUUCGGUUCUACCACACCUUUUGGUGGCACAUCAACACAGUCUCCGUUCAGUGCUACGAGUAGCCCUGCAUUUGCUUCAUCAACCACCUCUGCCUUCGGUGCUAGCAGCACUCCUGCGUUUGGUACAAACAGUACUCUGGGCUUUGGUCCUGGAACUGCUUCAUCUUUUGCCCCCGCAAGUGCCUCAGCUUUUGGCACAACGGCUAGCCCAGGGUUUGGUACUGGAAGUGGAUUUGGUGUCUCUAGUACCCCAGUAUUUGGAUCUGCGGGUGGCUUUGCAACUUCAAACACACCUGCUUUUGGUACUUCGACCACAUCUGGGUUUAGUGUUUCCAAUACAACCUUUGGGACUUCUAGUACUCCUUCUCCCUUUGGAACGUCAACUACUCCUUCUUUUGGGAGUACCCCUGCCUUUGGGGCUUCAAGUGCCCCAUCCUUUAGCUUUGGGUCUACUAUUGGCCAAUCUACUUCUGCCUUUGGGAGCAGUCCAUUUGGAACUGCUAAUGUUUCUCCUUUUAGUUCCCAAAGUUCUCCAUUUGUAAGCCAGGCUACAACACCGGCAUUUGGGCAGUCAUCUUUUGCGGGAAAUCGUGGGGGAAGUAGAGUAGUGCCUUACUCCGCAACAGCUGAUGCUGACAGUGGUACUGGACAGCAGGCUGGAAAGCUAGAAUCUAUAUCAGCCAUGGCUAUGUACAAAGAUAAAAGCCAUGAGGAACUAAGAUGGGAAGAUUAUCAAUUGGGAGAUAAAGGUGGGCCACUUACUCCUGGUCAAUCUUCUGGUGGGAUUAACUUUAAUGUGUCCAAUGCACCACCAAAUCCUUUUGCUAACUCCAAUGCAUUUAACCAGUCAUCUGCUAGUCCCUUUUCUUCGUCUAUUUCCUCCAAUCCAUUUGCUACAAAACCUUUUGGAACUGGAAGCACGCCUACAUUCAGUCCUGCACCUUUUACUGCUUCACCUUCAUCUAAUCCUUUCCAGUCGGCCUCGGCUUUUGCAUCAACAUCAUCUACUGGAUUUGGAGGCAACACAGCUUCAUCCAUUUUUGGCCCCUCUACUUCACCCUCGUUUGGUUCAGGAUCAUCCUUGUUCAACUCUAGCACAGGGCAAACAACUUCUUCACCAUUUGGAAAUUUUGCUAACACUCAGCCAUCGCUUUCAUUCCCGUCCACCACACCAUCUUUUUCGCAGACAGGUUCUGCAUUUGGACAGGUUACUGCUUCAUUUGCGCCAAGUACCACCCCCUCUUUUACACAGUCAAGCAUAUUCAAUACUCCCUCCACUGUUUUUUCAUUCUCAAGCAAUCCGUCUUUGAUAACGUCAGCUAACCAAGGGAUGUUUAGUCACACAGCUUUGCCUCAGUCUUCACCUUUUCAACUGCCUCAAACAUCUCAGGCCAUAGGUGUUCUUAAUUUCAGCAAUUUAGGGCAGACACAAGCAGUUGCUCCAGUGGGUGUUGCCGGUUCAUCAAGCAUGUUUGGUCAGAGCACUUUUGGAGCAUUAUCUACCCCGCAGAGUUCUGUUGCUUUACAGCCUGUGACUGUUGCAAAUCCGUUUGGGACACUCCCUGCAAUGCCUCAAAUGUCUAUUGGUCGAGCUGGGACUGCACCUUCUGUGCAAUAUGGGAUUUCCAGCAUGCCUGUUGUUGACAGGCCUGCUCCUGUUAGAAUAUCAUCCUUGUUGAUGUCUAGGCACCUGUCACAAAGGCGGAUUAGGUUACCUGCUAGGAAAUAUAAUCCUAAGCCUGAUGGUGCAAAGGUUCCCUUUUUCAGUGAUGAAGAAGAAACAACUGGCACACCAAAGGCAGAUGCUCUCUUCAUUCCUCGGGAUAACCCAAGAGCUCUGGUCAUUCGUCCUACGGACCAGAGGCCAUUGAGGGCUAGUGCAGAAAAAACUUCUCCAUUGAAGGAUACAUCUACUCCAGUAUACGGGAAUGGCAAAAUUUCAGAAGUUGUGGAUGUUCCUUCCUCGAGUGGUUCUGGUGGUAAAGAUAGGAAUAUGGUUGAAGAUGGAGUUGGUAAGGAGCGAGGUCAUCAUGUUAAGCUCAAUCUGAAACCUAAUGGAGUUCACGAGGAUAGUUCGACUCAGAAAGAUGAGUCAUAUAUGACGCUUAGUGGUCACCGAGCAGGUGAAGCUGCAAUUGUAUAUGAGCAUGGGGCUGAUAUUGAGGCACUAAUGCCAAAACUCCGGCGAUCUGACUACUAUACAGAGCCACGGAUCCAAGAAUUGGCAGCUAAGGAAAGGGCUGAACCUGGGUUCUGCCGCCAUGUUAAGGACUUUGUGGUUGGGCGGCAUGGUUAUGGCUGCAUUAAGUUCCUGGGUGAGACAGAUGUAAGGCGGCUUGAUCUCGAAUCUCUAGUUCAGUUUAAUAAUCGGGAGGUGAUUGUUUACACAGAUGACAGCAAGAAACCACCUGUUGGACAAGGUCUAAAUAAGCCUGCUGAGGUAACACUUCUAAACAUAAAAUGCUUUGACAAAAAGACCGGGCGUCAGUUUACAGAAGGGCCAAAAAUUGAGAAAUACAAAGAGAUGCUCAAGAGGAAGGCUGAGGACCAAGGUGCUGAAUUUAUAUCGUAUGACCCUGUAAAAGGAGAGUGGAAGUUCAGGGUCAACCAUUUCAGCAAGUACAGUCUUGGGGAGGAAGUUGACUGGAUUGGGCUUUCUGCCAGAGGUUGUUGAUAAUCAUUUGGUUUGGAGGAAGACUUGUGUUAAGCAAGUGUGCUUGUUAUUUUUUUUUUUAUUUUAUUUUUUUUCCUGAGCUGAUUUUGAAGAUUUGUACAGGAUUUAUCAAAUUGUGGUAUAGUAUUAGUUUGAGCGGUGUGUCUGUGUAUCAUGUGCUCUUUUUUCUCGUUGGUUCGCUAAGCUUCCCUCCUCUCUUUGUGGGUGUUUGUAUACUUCUUUCAUAAUUUGCAGCUAAAGGAGGUUGGACAAAACGAUUAGUUGGUUUAUUUCUCGAUGCAGAUGAAAAUGAUUUCAUGGUUUUUCUGAAA